AUGAUCGUGGUCUCCAGAUUCAAAAAGACGUCGCGCUUUUUGAAUCGAGCCUUUCGUGAUCACGGCGAGGCUGCUCUGUCAUAUCCGCUGCCGAAACGGUUUGCUCUAAUGGCAUUGUGCAGUAUAUUGGUGAAAGAGGAGGAAGAGAUUGUAGCGCAGAGUGAUGGCGAGACACCAAGACAGCUAUUUGGCAAUAAGGCCGUCUUAUUCUUGCAGUUGUAUGCAAGUAGUUCUCUACCGGACCCGAGUACGAUGCUGAUUCAAUGGGUCGAGCUGAUAAAUCUUCUUCACCCACAGACUUGGGAAACAUGGUAUUUGCGGCUUGACAAAUCGGAUGAGGAGAGUUAUGAAGAAGCUGAUAAGGAAGAGGGCGCGAAAGAAGGGAAAUACCUCUUCCAGAUGGAGGCUUGCCAAUGCUAUCGCUGUUUAUACGACGUGCAAAUUCUGCCUGGAUGCGAAGAUCACAAAACAGGGACCACCUUUGCUUCACUCCAAGAUGGUAAACUAUCUACUGAUUAUGAGGAUGCAAUGCGGUUGAUUCGCUUUGCUGUGCCGAUACUUUUGACCACAAAGGCGAAAAACAACAGCCAAAAGAAAGAACGACUUAAGUUACUAUAUGCAGUCCGAGAUGCACUCUCAGGCUCCAGUUUUUUUGCUCUCUCUGCGCAACCGGCUGCAGUUUCUCCUUUACUAGAAGCGUACUUGGCUCCGAGAGGUCUGCUGCAGGAGGAAAUUGCACUGCCGUUGCCAUUUGAUGCUAAUGACACGACGACAGAAUCACCAGAUAAAGUUUGCUUGGGCCAUUUGUGGUAUUUGAUGGGUGCAAACUACAUUCUUGGGCGAGCAAAACGGAGAGGGAACCUGGUAGAGCUACUGGAAUUGGAGCAGCAUAUUCAAGAGCGAGUGCAGUUUUUGAUAAAAGAUGUUUUGUACUAUCAUCCAGACCGAGUUGACUCCUGGGUGCGCUUGGGAAAGACGAUGAAGGUACUAUAUCACGCUGCUACAGAUGCGUUUGCUGCUGUGCUCGGAUGGAAGCUCAGAGUUCGAGCAUUCCAGUGGUAUACAACCAAGAUACUUGCCAUGAACCCUGAGCGUUCACGGGAAGAACAAGCUUAUAGUAAUCUUGACGUGUUUUCAUUCCAAAAUGUCGUUUUGGAGUGGAACCUAUUCAAGAAAAUGAAAGAGUGGCAAGGUAAAAUUGUCGACGAAAACAAAGUGGGUAGCAAGGCCUCGAAGCUGAAGGGUUGUAACGACGAAACGGAAGGAAACGAUGCCCGAUUCGAAACGCUUCGUAGCCAAGUUUCCAUCGAAGAGUAUGCUACGAUAUAUAUCGCUCAAGUAAUUGAGUUUACACGAAGAUGCUUUGAUAUGGCUGCGCAGUUGGACGAAGAGGCUAUUAAAAAACACAAUUUGAAACAACAAGGUAAGCGUGACAACGCUGACAAGAGUGUCGACAAGGAAGCAAAUACUUUUGACAAAGAGCUGGAUGAUUUACAGAACAAGAUUAUUGAGUGCAACGAAGAGUGUGGUUUGUUGCUGUUUAAUGUUUUGCAAGAGUUUAGUUUGAUGAAGGAGACAAACCUUGCUUUGUUUCCGCACGAGAUGUACUCGCGUUUAAUAAACGAUACGCUAACAUACUGCCGACGGGGGUGGACAGUUUGCGAGUCCAAGGAAGAUGCUCAUGAAGCCCACUUUCGUCUGCAAUACAUGAUUGGCAAAACAUUGAGGAAAAGGCGUUGCUUCUCUAAAGCGGAGUCAGCUCGUGGCGAGGGAGACAGAGAACACGCUCUAGUUCAUGCCUUUUAUGCUCUGCAGGCGUUGCGAAUUAAGCUCACAAUCAGCGAUUCGUCAUCAGUGUCGGCCCUGCGCUUGGUUUGUCGUCAUUUCUACGAAGAGGAGAAAAAAGCAGACGGUGGAAAAGGUGAUGAUGAUGAAAGUUUCGACUUUGUGUCAACCAAAGAAGUCAACGGACAGAAGAAUGCUCAGAAAGAUGACGACGGAAUAUGCGCUAGCCUGAAAAGUGAUGCGGUCCGUAAAUGUGUCAGUGCUGCCAAGAAGGACGACAUUCUCGCACUGUUGGCGGCUGCUGACAGAAAUGACUCGAUUCGUGAAUUAAAUGUCACUUUUGCACGAGGAUGGCUUGCACUGAACAUUAUUAUGGCACUGGAGUCAAUUCCAGACGAAGACUGGUACUUCCAUCCAUCGCGCUACGUACUGGCGCGGAUUGUGUAUUGGUCGUCGACGUUCUACUCCACACUGGAGCAGAGCGGGUAUACUUGUGACAGUGUAAUGGCUCUCGUGGAUGCUGUGCGAGCUCAUCGAGGUGAAGAACAGUUGCAAGGUCCUUCUGUCGCAGCAGCAAGGGCACUAAAGAAAAUGGCUCCAAUUUUCGACAAACGGCGGCCUCAGAUUGUGGCAAUCUGGUUUUCCGAGUACAUUCCGCCAGCUAAGAGGUAUGAAGAGUUGAAUCAGCGACAAAUGAAGUAUGAUUACUAUCGACUGAAGUACUGGCGGUUUUACAUUGCGCUGCUUCAGGAGAAUGCAGCGUACGGAAAGUUAAAGGAGGCAGGAUCCUGGGUGCUAGCUUGCAAGGAAGACCACGAUGUGAUUGAUGUCAUGCUUAGCGCUGGAGGGAUUGGAGGAUCAGGAAACGAUGCGAGUACGCAGACGCAACUGCAUGGAGAGAGUCGAUCAGUCGAUGGACUUUUCAAGCAGUUGGCCAGGACUUACACAUACUAUCUGGAAGUGUUUCAUGCUCAGCGCCGACUGACACACGCAAUCGACGACUACGAGUUAUUGCUGGAGAACGCCGAGCUUCCGAUGGUGGCAGUUUUCUUGGUAGGGGUAACAAAAUACCCUUUCGAGAUGAUGGUGCUGGAGAAAGACGCAGCCAUCUUAGACGGAGUUUUCCGCGCCAACGUUACUAUCAUCAAGGAAGCUCUCCGUCGGGAUGACUUGCGUCCCGGCAAGGAGGGGAAACUUUUCAAGAAGUCAUCGCGGCCAAAAGCUAAUGCUGCUGCUGCAGUUACUUUUGUUCUUACCAACACCACUGAUGUACGUCAAUCAACAACGAAUGGAUGA